AUGCCACGCACCCGCGGGGACAAGGGGACCCCCAAGGACACGGAGCCCCCGCAGAAGGGGAAAGUGGGGGGGCGAGCGGGGGAGAAACCCCCCAAAGCCCCCGAGGAGCCCCCCGCCCACAAGAAUUCCGGCUCCGAUCCCGCAGGCGCCCGGGCAGAAGAGCGGGAAGAAGGGCUCCGGGGACCCCACGCCGCGGCCACCAAGACCUACUCCCCCUUCCUCACACCGUCUUCGGCAAGGAGCGGGCUGUCGCCGGAGGAGCUGGAUGAGCUGCUGGACGCCUUCAAGGAGUUCGACACGGACCAGGACGGUACAUCCUACAAGGACCUGGGCGAGUGCAUGCGCACGCUGGGUACAUGCCCACCGAGAUGCCUCAUCGAGAUCUCCCAGCACAUCAAGAUGAGGAGUGAUGGGGGGCGCGUGGACUUCGAGGACUUUGUGCAGAUGAUGGGGCCGAAGCUUGCGGGAGAGACGGCGCACAUGGUGGGCGUCAGGGAGCUCAAGAUCGCCUUCCGCGAGUUCGACAUGAACGGUGACGGGGAGAUCAGCACGGCCGAGAUGCGCGAGGCCAUCGCGGCCCUGCUCGGGGAGCAGCUCAAGGCGCAGGAGGUGGACGAGAUCCUGCAGGACGUGGACCUCAACGGGGACGGGCACGUGGACUUUGACGAGUUCGUCAUGAUGUUGUCGUCCCGGUAACGGGGCCUCCGGGCAG